AUGGAGCAAUACUAUAAAUUGCUCAAGAACGAGUACAAAAGUGAGCGUGAAUUGAUGUCUGGUCAAAAAGAAAUUGUGGUAUCGGCUGAGGAAAAAAGUGAAAGGUCAGUACUUGCUACUACCAGCGAUCUCAGCAGAAAUUACAGUGAUAUUCCAAGUUCUCUCAAAUCUGACAAACCAAAAAUUAAAAAGGAACCUGUGGUCGCCGAGACGAAUAAAUCGGUACGUCUUCGACCUAAACUGCAUACAACGGAUAAAGGCCCAAUUCUCGUCUCUGAUAGCAGCAAUUAUGAAGAAAUUGGAAAUGUUCAUGUUGAUGAUAUUUAUUCUGCUCCUCAACAGCCUUCUGUUCCAGAAAAUCUUCCAAUACUUUCUCCACCCACUAAAUCUAUUAAAUCUGCAAAGCUUUUUAGUGACGAAAUGGAAGAUGCUGUGCCUUUCAAUACUGUCCCGUUGUCGAUGUUGAGUGAUGCUGGUAGAGGUCUUAAAUUACAACAAACUGCUGCCCAACUGGAAGAGGAUCAAACUCCGUUUAUUGUUGAAACGAAGGAAAAGGCUACUGAAGGUUUAAUAAAAAAUAAAAUAAAGAGGGUUUGGGGUAAUUUAUGGGGACAUAGAGGGCAAGGGCGUAGCCAGGGGGGGGCUUCUGGAGCUAAAGCCCCCCCCCCCCCCCCCGAAAUCGACCCCCUGGCUACGUCCUUGCUAGAGGGGGGAAUGAUUCUCAGUCAGGGGGAGAUGGCGCCACGGAAGAGGGGUCUCAAAUUCAAUGAUCCUCUGGGGUGAAACAGGGGUCGGUCGGAAAUGAUGACUAUCAAAAAUCGGAAAUUUUCUCAUAAUUUUGGAACCAGAAAUCGAAAAAAACGGAGGAGAUAGUGAUUCCGACUGAUCUUUGGGGUGGAGUAGAACCGUAAGGACUUCAAAAGAAAUUCAUGACCUUGAAUCCUAACCGAGGUUUGGUGUUUAAGCAAAAUUCUGGGCCUUUAAAGAAUAGACUCUUCAAGUUCCAACAGUUAGACCCACGGUUCCGCUCCAUAAAA